UGCGCGUGCCAGAGUGUGGUAGGCUGGGAGUGUAGUGUGGUGUGGUGGAACCAGACUACCAGUGCCCUUCCCCCACUCCCUCCCUCCUCCUCCGCUCCGUUAUCCCCAAAACCCGCGCCGACGGGCCGCCCUCCCGACCUCCCCGCGCGCCGCCGCCUGCUCUCCAAUCUGCGUCCGGUCCCCCGCGCCGCAUUGCUCUCCAAUCUGUGUGGCGCGCUGAAUCUUGCGGAGUGAUUUGAUUGUUGGAGUUUCUUGAUUCUUGGUCCUCGCCGGCGGCGAGGGGCGGUCACCGGCCCUUCCAUCUCCCUCACCGCCGUUGCACGCCGCCCUGCCGGAGGCUAUACCCGUCAAUCCGGAGUUCCAGGCCGGGGUUGCAGGGAGGGAUUCUCCAACCCCCCAUGCUCCGAUCUAGGUCCGCCCCUGCCUCCAGAGACUGUUAGGGCUUUACCGAGAUGGCGGCUGCGCAGCUACCGUGCUGCACUCGCCUCGCUCCGCCGUGUCCUGGCCGGGGGAGCGAUGCCGGGAAGGCGGCUGCAUCUGGGAGAAGGCCUCUGGCCGGAGCCUUGGCCCGCUCGCGGUUCCGGUGCUGUGCGGGCGCGACAAGGCCUCGCAACGCUAGCUCGUUCCAGAAGAAAGAAUCCUUCUUGGACCUCCACCCUGAGGUGACCCUGCUCCGUGGCGAGCACGGCGACGAGGAUGUCGCCUCGAGGAAAGAAGCUCUGAAUGGGAGCCCGCUGGAGGGGCUGGGUGUGCCGUCGGAUCAGGAUGGUUACGACGGGGCCAAGAUCAAAGUAAUCGGAGUCGGGGGAGGAGGCUCCAAUGCUGUCAACAGGAUGAUUGAGAGCUCCAUGAACGGUGUUGAGUUCUGGAUUGUGAACACCGAUGUGCAGGCGAUAAGGAUGUCCCCGGUCCAUCCGCAGAACAGGUUGCAGAUUGGGCAGGAGCUGACUCGGGGUCUAGGCGCAGGUGGAAACCCUGACAUUGGGAUGAAUGCAGCCAAAGAGAGCGUGGAGUCCAUACAGGAUGCUCUAUAUGGUGCUGAUAUGGUUUUUGUCACGGCUGGGAUGGGUGGAGGUACUGGUACGGGUGGUGCCCCUGUAAUUGCCGGAAUCGCCAAGUCCAUGGGUAUACUGACCGUUGGCAUCGUGACAACACCAUUCUCUUUUGAAGGGAGGAGGCGGGCAGUCCAGGCUCAAGAAGGAAUAGCAGCCUUGAGAAAUAGUGUGGACACCCUCAUUGUUAUCCCAAAUGACAAGCUGUUGUCUGCUGUUUCUCCAAAUACUCCAGUAACUGAAGCAUUCAACUUGGCUGAUGAUGUUCUUCGCCAAGGAAUUCGUGGUAUCUCUGACAUUGUCACGGUUCCUGGGUUGGUUAAUGUUGAUUUUGCUGAUGUUCGAGCAAUCAUGCAAAAUGCAGGCUCAUCUCUGAUGGGUAUCGGAACUGCUACAGGGAAGUCAAGAGCAAGAGAUGCUGCUCUUAAUGCCAUUCAGUCACCACUGCUAGACAUUGGAAUUGAGAGAGCUACAGGCAUUGUGUGGAAUAUCACUGGAGGAGCUGAUAUGACUUUGUUGGAGGUAAAUGCUGCUGCUGAAAUCAUUUAUGACCUUGUUGAUCCGAAUGCCAAUCUGAUAUUUGGUGCUGUCAUAGACCCAUCACUCAAUGGCCAGGUGAGCAUAACCCUGAUUGCUACUGGCUUCAAACGUCAAGAUGAACCAGAAGGUCGCACCUCAAAGGGUGACCAACAAAUGCAAGGCGACAACGGACGACGCCCAUCCUCUGCAGAAGGCAGCAUGGUGGAGAUCCCUGAGUUCCUUCGGAGAAGAGGACCUUCUCGCUUCCCGCGAAUCUGACUGUCCAGACUCCCUUCUCUUGUCUAGUGCCUAUGCUUAUCAGCUGUCUCUUUAGCUUCCUCUUCUUAGAUCAGGUGCUUCAUGUAGGAUACCAGGCAUGUACGGUACUGUAGUUUGCUUGUUUUAGUUUUGUUUACUCCCUUUUAUGUUCCUACAUCUUGAAAUCUUACUGUCUGUCAAUAAUGUGUAGCAGUGAGCUUGCUAGUGCUAUAGAAAUCGUUUUGUUCUUCCUCGUUUUACCUGUCAAACGGGAACAUAUGCCAGUUGAGGGCGUGGAGGUUCCCUCAGUUUUAUUGACAUUGGGUAUGUUUUUUGUCUGGCAUGCACGGCUCCAGCUUUUUUUCCUCGUGGAAAGCUGAGGCCAUGUUUAGUUUGCAAAA